AUGGCUUCUCUUUCAGAUUCAUUGCCUGCUCCGGCAUUACAUAGUAAUUGGGUGGUGCAGAAGUUCGGCGGUACAAGUGUUGGCAAGUUUGCUCUUAACAUUAUUGAGCAAGUCGUUCAACCGAGUCUCGCUGAUAGCCGAGUCGCUGUUGUCUGCUCAGCCAGAAGUAGUUCCACCAAAGCAGAGGGUACAACAAAUAGGUUACUUCGGGCCGCACGCGAUGCCGAAAACUCACAAUCUCGGGAAUACCUCACCUUAGUCGAGGCCGUCCGACUGGAACACGUCCAGGUCGCUCAGGAACAAUUGAAAUCGGUGGACCUCAAAGAGCAAGUGGUGGCCGAUAUCAAUGCCGAAUGCGAGCGAGUCCUCAAGGUCCUCGAGGCUGCCCAGACCCUCGGCGAGAUCACUUCUCGUUGCGUCGACAAGAUCAUGAGUGCCGGUGAGAAAUUGAGCUGUCGACUGAUGGCUGCGUUCCUGCAGGACCGUGGAGUGGAUUCACAAUAUGUGGACUUGGCGGAUAUAAUUGAUUUCCCUAUUGGUGCCCAUGGUCUCGACCAGGACUUCUAUAAUAGCCUGGCCGCCAACCUGGGCAAAAAGAUCGAGGCCUGUGGUCACCGAGUCCCAGUAGUGACUGGAUACUUUGGUACUAUUCCCGGCGGCCUGCUAGAUCAGGUGGGCCGUGGUUACACAGAUCUGUGUGCAGCCCUCGUGGCAGUGGGAACUCACGCCAAGGAACUCCAGGUCUGGAAGGAAGUGGAUGGUAUCUUCACUGCGGAUCCUCGCAAGGUGCCAACUGCCCGUCUCCUUCCUACUAUCACCCCGGCCGAGGCCGCCGAAUUGACCUUCUAUGGAUCGGAGGUCAUUCACCCCUUCACCAUGGAGCAGGUCAUCCGGGCGAAGAUUCCCAUUCGGAUUAAGAAUGUGAUGAAUCCCAAGAACCGGGGCACCGUCAUCUUCCCCGACUCAGCUGCAGAACUCACUCGUACUCCGGGUCAUGAUCCGAGAUUGUUCCGCACUCGCAGUCCCAGCAUAGCGCAGAAGCCAAAGCGACCAACUGCGGUGACCAUUAAGCACAAGAUCCUGGUGAUCAACGUUCACUCUAAUAAGCGGUCCCUCUCGCAUGGUUUCUUUGCGGGAAUCUUCUCCGUCUUGGAUAAGUGGCGCCUUUCCAUUGACUUGAUCUCGACCAGCGAGGUCCAUGUGUCCAUGGCACUGCAUUCCGAGAUGCCGUUGCUAAAUGGUAAUGGACGGGAUGAUUAUCAAGUCAUUGAUGAUGACCUGAAGGGUGCAUUGAAUGAUUUGAGCAAGUAUGGCAUGGUGGAUAUUAUUCCCGAGAUGGCUAUUCUCAGCUUGGUAGGCAGGCAGAUGAAGAAUAUGGUAGGGGUGGCCGGGCGCAUGUUCACCACUCUUGGCGAGAAUAAUGUGAAUAUCGAGAUGAUCUCGCAAGGUGCAAGUGAAAUCAACAUCUCGUGCGUCAUCGAAGAGCGGGAUGCCGAUCGCGCCCUGAACAUCAUUCAUACUAGCAUGUUCACUUUCCUGGAGUAG